AUGCGGCUGUUUCUGAUCCCAAUUUCCACCCGGCGCACCCUGCUCUACUGCAAAAAGGAGACCUCCGGCGCGGUGGCAGAACUUAGCUACCUCGACAGAAUCACGAACAAGGCGUCGGCUACGUGGGUGAAAUGGGAGGAGGCCGAUGGAGGCUGGAAAAAAGCCCUGACCACCUACGGCCAUCGCGUGCUGCAGCGCAUCCCAUAUGAAGAAUGGGGCCUCAAAAGUGUGCCCCCGCUGAACGCGCGGAGGGAAGCGCACGAAUUGCAGUCACAGAAGCCCAUUGAACUGCUUUACCCUGAAAACGUGAUUCGCGAAAGCCGCGUGCUUGGGAUGCUUCGAACGCUUGCAACAGAGCGCCAGGACCUGCAUCGAAGGAGGAUGUGGUGGAGUCUGGGGGUGGCUCCGCUGACAGCACCAAUUGCCCUGAUUCCAGUAAUACCCAAUAUACCUUUUUUUUACCUAGCAUACCGAGGAUGGUCACAUUGGAGAGCUCUGAGGGGCUCUCAACACCUCGAAUUUCUCCUCAAUCAUCGUCUCGUCCAGCCGAUAUCCUCCCCCGCCCUGGAGCAUCUCUAUUCAAGACACUCUGGUCUUAUACGAGACAACAGUGCUGUCGAAACAGCCAACGAAAAGGCUGUGCCGGAUCCCAUCACCCAACUGGAGCCGCCGGACGAGCAAAUCCUUCUUGACAUUGCUGACGGAAAAGCCCUUGCGAAAAUGUUAGAUGCACCAGAGCUACAUGUCGAGGUUGAGCGAGCUGUUGCACAGGUACAAAAGCUAUUGAACCAUGGAAAGGGAACAAAAUGA